GAUCGAUCAAUCACACUUCAUACGUACAUUUUUGUCGAUCGAUCCACGUACGUACAUAUGCCUCACUGCCCGUUGUGCAUAUGUUCGUGCCCCGUCAAGAAGGCGGUGUGAUUGGAGCGAACACACACACAUCAUCACAUCGUCACACCGUCACAUCAGAUGGUCAUAUGUGCCAAGAGCUGCCACGUCGCCGAUGACCACGAUCGCCGGCGACAGCUUCAUCGCUGCGGUGGACAAAGAGAGAGAAGACCCUUGACAGUGAAGGCGCACGGAAAAGACUUUUCCUUCACUCACUCACUUUGCGUCAAUCCACCGAUCGUUUUGAUAGUGCCCACCACUCGCCUCUGCCCCUCCCGAUGCGCAUUGUGAAUCACGGCGACGGGUGUGUCUUCCGACCUUCCAUUAGUCAACAAGAACGAACAUAUGUUGGGCAGCGUCUUGCCUGCGCAAAGAGAAAAGCAGCCCUCGAGCAGUGCAGCCCUCGAUCACUUUUGUCGGCUAGCUACCUGCCAUCAGGAUGACAUAUGUGUCAAUGACGCCAUUUGCAAGGGCAGUCCAGUCGAGCGACUGGACUUCGUGACCUGAUGCAACAGCCACCACCUUUGAUUUCGUCUUGUGAGUGAGCGGGAGGACGGCUGCGGCGGGUGCAGAAAGAACAGAUGACACGCCAGGAACUGACGUAUCACAUGAUAACAGACAACGAAGAAGCGCUUCGAAUGAUGGUGGUGUCUGGUGUUGUUUGGCGCUGGCUCACCGAUCUCGAAUGGUAUGUUUGCAUCCCGCAGCGACACUAUCUCACUCCACACACGACCGAACACCAGGGGGUCCCCUCCUUUCAGACGAACCACAGCAUGGCCCUCUCUCGCUGCACGGAUCAGAGGAUGGCAUCCACCGUGAAUAGGACCGCCGGGUGAUCAGUCGGCUGUGGAAAGCUCACCCUUCUCGACCAGGAGCUGGUCGAUGUCUGACUGCGGAGUGCUGUCGUCUCGCCCUCCCCUCUUGCCAACAUGGACAAUCUCACAGCCUGAUGCAUGACACAAUGACACCCGCAUCGUGACAGGACCGCUCUCAUGACCCCCCGUGUGUACCUUCUGGGGCGAAAGAGAGUACAUCUCGCUCAACAAGAUCAUCAGUCACCACCACAGUCGCUGUAGCUAACAGAUGUGCAGCACGCAGCGUCAUCAGAUCUGUAAGAGGCGCACGCACCCUCGUGUCAGACGCAUUGCAGACGAUGCUGCUCUCGCCACGCGCACCUGCUGAAGCAGGACCCGCUCCCACCAGGUACACGCAGCCCGUCUUGCAGGCCCGUCCGGCGUCCGUCAAGUAUUUCCACAGGGCCUUGUGUUUUCUUCUUCUCCUGGAUCUCAGCAAUUCCAGGCCAAGCGCAGCACCCAGGCCUGCAGCGACUCCCAUGGUCACCAGAAGCGCCUUCUGCCAUGAUAGAUCAGAUCCCGUCAUGAGCAUUCAAUCUGAAAACAAUAAAAAAGCCCAGGGAGUGUACGUGUGAGUCGGGAUAAACCUGAA